AGAUAACGGCGCUAUACGACGUGGAGUAUUAACAGUUAAAAGGGCAACAAGAUGUUCAAAGCUAUUGUUCUAACGAUCUGUUUCUAUGGCGUUCUCAAGGCCAUACCCGCGCCCGGCCAUGGUGCUCUCGCCGGAUACUGUGACACCUCGUCCCAGUGUGACGCCGACGAGACUUGUGUGAGUUUUAACCAGCCCCGGGGUCGCCGUGUCGUGCCAGACACGAUUGAUCCUGACUUGAUGCAAUAUGUCCACGGCAGUUGCAAGAAGAGAGGAACACAGGGCUCUCAAUGCAUUGUCAAUGAGAUUUCGACUGGAUUUAAGGGACUGUACUAUGAUCCUUUAUGUGCGGAUGGCUUUGUGUGCGUCUCCACUGGACAGUACGUUAUCCCAAAAGGCGAUCUAGGCACCUGUCAGGCACUGACACUAGCCAAGUCCGCCACCCUGGACCAGCCGUGUGCGACCGGAGCAGAUUGUUCGGACACCGAGUGUUGUGUAAGCGACAUGAGGCCGAUAGGCAAGCGCGCCGCCCAUGGGCACUGCAGAAAUAUGGGAACUUCUGGUUCAGGUUGCUUGGUGCGGUACCCAUCUGGAAAGCCGAUGGACGCUGUGUUCCAGUGUCCAUGCAUUGCCAGCCUGACUUGCCACGGUACUGGCAUGCAUGAUAUUCCCCUCGGGGAGAUCGGAAAGUGUGGACUUUAAGAACAUUUUGCAGUUUCGUAUUGGAUUUCAAAUUGCAAACGGCAAUAAUAAAAAGAGUCUACAGAG